AUGGCGCCUGCAACUCAAUCCACCACCGCUGCUGUCCUCCGAGCUGGAAAGCCCAGAGAACUACUCAUCGAGCACCGCCCCCUCUUCCCUCCUCAACCUCACCAGGUCACAGUCGAUGUCGUCGCGACUGGCCUCUGUGGAAGCGACCUCCAUUACUUUGAACACGGCCGCAACGGCGACUUUCGCGUUCGUCAGGACAUCGUCCUCGGCCAUGAAGCCGGAGGAAUUGUCACCGCAGUCGGUUCUGCAGUCACAAACGUCGUCGUCGGCCAGCGCGUUGCCAUCGAGGCUGGCAUCUACUGCCGCAACUGCGAUUUCUGUCAUCGCGGUCGCUACAACCUCUGCAAGCACAUGAAGUUCUGCUCUUCAGCCUCAGUAUUCCCACACAACGACGGCACUCUCCAAACCAAAAUGAACCACCCCGCUUUCGUCGUUCACCCUCUGCCGGACGCCUGCUCCUUUGAAGAUGCCGCACUCGCCGAACCCCUCUCCGUACUCAUUCACGCAACGCGACGUGCCCAGUUCGAACCCGGCCACACCGUUCUCGUAUAUGGCGUCGGAACCAUCGGCCUCCUCGCUUGCGCACUCGCAAAGUCAAAAGGCGCCUCUCGCGUCGUCGCCGUCGAUAUUAACGAGUCACGGUUACAAUUCGCCAAGCUCAAUGGCUUCGCUGACGACGUCUAUUGCUCAGCUGGCCAGCCACCAGACGACAGUGCCCAGCCCCAGACCCUUCAGGAGCGCGAGCAGCAGCAGAUGCAACGCGCCAAGACCGGUGCCCAGAAAGUCCUGUCUAUCUUUGACAAUCCUCAAGGUUUCGACGUGGUCUACGAGUGCACGGGUGCUCUACCUGCUAUCCAGCAGUCAAUAUACACCGCUGUCACCGGAGGCAAAGUGAUGCUCAUCGGCAUGGGUUCGCGAAACGUCACUCUCCCCUUGUCUGCAGCAGCCUGUCGCGAAGUCGACAUUCACGGCUCUUUCCGGUAUUGCAACACCUACCCUGAAGCCCUCGCCCUGCUCGCCUCUGGUACCCUCCCCAAUAUCGAUAAACUCGUCACCCACCGCUUCCCCCUCGAGCAGGCCCAACGGGCGUUCGAGCUCAUGUCCGCUGGACAAGACGAACACGGCAAUAUGGUCAUCAAGGUCAUGGUUGGCUCUGGCGUUCCUUCAUGA